AUGUCAACAUCUUCGAUUGUGCAGCAGUUCGUCAACGGACUAAAGUCCCGCAACCGCAAUGUCCAAAACAAGGCGGCGCAGGAUCUAUUCCUGUAUGUCAAAACCGAGCUGCGCGAAAUGUCGCAGGAGGAGUUGGUUCAGUUCUUUGAUGACUUCGACCAUCACAUCUUCAACAUGGUCAAUGCAGCGGAUAUCAAUGAAAAGAAGGGUGGUGCCCUGGCCAUGAAGUGCCUCAUAAGUGGUGACGCUUUGAUAACACGCAAAGGCAUCUCACCAUACCUCAAUCGUUUACGCGAUCUGUUGCUUAUCAACGAUGUCUCAGUGAUGGAAAUUGCGGCUCGCUCACUGGUGAAGCUGGCCAAUAUGCCAGGGUCAAAGGGCGCAGAAUCAUUCGAUUUUGAUAUAAAGAAGGCAUUUGAAAUGCUUAGCGGCGAUCGGCAGGAGUAUCGUCGUCACGCUGCCGUCUUCAUUUUACGUGAGCUGGCGAUUGCGUUGCCCACGUAUUUUUAUCAGCAAAUUCUAACGUUUUUCGAUCACAUUUUCAAUGCCAUCUUUGACCCGAAGCCAGCGAUACGUGAAUCUGCAGGCGAGGCAUUGCGCGCCGCACUCAUCGUAACUGUGCAACGUGAGAGCACAAAGCAAUCGAGUGAGCCGCAAUGGUAUAAGAUCUGCUACGAUGAGGCCAGCAGCAGCUUCAACACCGAUGUCCUGCCGGGCAAGGAGCAAAAGGGCAUGACUCGCGACGAUCGCAUACACGGCGGUCUCAUUGUCUUCAAUGAGUUAUUUCGCUGUGCUAAUGCGAACUGGGAACGUCGAUAUACAACGCUCAAGAAGCUGUUUCCCAAGCCGCAUCACAAUAAGUUCCUGGACACCAGCAGCUCCUCAUCAGUUGGCAGCCAACUGACCACCAUUGUGCCACGCCUCAAGGUGCCUUUCGUCGACAAGCUGGGCAGCACCCAGAUGCAAAUGGAUAGCGAGCAGCACAAUGGCAUUGGCAACAAAUUGACCAGUCACAACGUACUGGACUCAGCCUACGCCAGCGAGAUUCUUAAGAAGCACUUCAAAACCAUCUGCGACAAUGUGUUGGAGCAGCGUUCAUCAAAGUCGCUGUAUGUGCAACAGGGACUGCUUCAGAUCCUGCCACGUUUGGCUGCUUUCAAUCGCGAAGUGUUCGUGGCCCAGUACCUGGAGACCUGCGUAGCUCACUUGAUGGCCAUAUUGCGUGGCAAGGAAAAGGAUCGCAAUGUGGCCUACAUUACGAUUGGCUACAUCGCCGUCGCUGUCGAGAACGAUAUAGAGAAGCAUCUGAAGAACAUUAUGGCUAGCAUUAAACAGGCGCUGCCCGCAAAGGAUUUGGCCAGCAAACGCAAAUCGCCUGUGGAUGCGGCGGUGUUCGCUUGCAUCACGCUGCUGGCCCAUGCGGUGAAAUCGCAGAUCGCAGACGAUGUACGCGAAAUCCUCGAGCAAAUGUUUCACACGGGUCUCUCGCCAGCGCUGACUGUUUGUCUGCGCGAAUUGGCCGAAAAUGUGCCGCAGCUGAAGGCGGCCAUCACGAAUGGUCUGAUCGUUGUGCUCUUCCAGGUGCUGAUGAACAAGUCGGCGACCAUACCAUAUGCCACAAUGCCGCCGAUUACAAUUGACGCCUCGCUGAUGCUGCAGACCGUCGAUACCGCCACAAUUGUGCUGGCGCUCCGUACACUGGGCACCUUUAAUUUCGAGGAGCAGAAUAUGCUGGACUUUGUGCAACGCUGCGCGGAUUACUUCAUAGUGCAUGAGCAGCAGGAAAUUCGCCUCGAAGCGGUGCAAACGUGCACGCGCCUGCUCAAGCUCGCCGUACAGUCAUCGGAGAGUAUGGAGAACUCGAAGACGUUAAGUGACACGGUUUCCCAUGUGAUUGAACGGCUGCUGUCUGUGGCCAUCACUGACAUGGAUUACAAUGUACGCAUACGCAUUCUUCGCUCGCUGGAUGAGACUUUCGAUGCUAAGCUGGCCCAGCCGGAAUCGUUGAAUGCUCUGUUCAUAACACUGCACGAUGAAAUCUUUGAGAUUCGUGAACUUGCCAUGGUCACCAUUGGGCGGCUGUCCUCCAUGAAUCCGGCUUAUGUGAUGCCCAAACUGCGCACCACCAUGAUUGAGCUGCUCACGGACUUGAAGUACUCGGGCAUGAGUCGCAAUAAGGAGCAAAGCGCACGUAUGCUGGAUCAUCUAGUCAUUAGCACGCCGCGUCUUAUAUCAUCCUACAUGAAUCCGAUUCUGAAGGCGCUAGUGCCCAAGCUGCAUGAACCGGAAUCGAAUCCUGGUGUUGUGCUGAAUGUACUGCGCACAAUCGGAGAUCUGGCCGAGGUCAAUGGCGGCUCCAAUGAAAUGGAGCUGUGGGCGGAUGAUCUGCUUUCCAUACUGCUCGAGAUGCUGGGCGAUGCUGGUAGUCCGGACAAGCGCGGCGUUGCGCUCUGGACGCUGGGGCAGCUGAUAAGCGCCACGGGCCGUGUGGUCACCCCCUAUCACAAAUAUCCGGUGUUGAUUGAUAUCCUGAUCAACUUCCUGAAGACCGAACAGCGUCGCUCCAUACGCCGCGAAACAAUACGUGUGCUGGGCUUGCUUGGUGCCAUGGAUCCGUACAAGCACAAGAUGAACAAGGGCCUGAUCGAUAGCCAGAAGGAUAACGUGCUGAUUGCUUACUCGGACGGCAAGACAGACGAGAGCCAGGACAUUUCCACGGCCGAGCUGCUUGUGAACAUGGGCAAUGCUCUUGAUGAAUAUUAUCCGGCGGUGGCCAUUGCCGCACUAAUGCGCAUUCUGCGCGAUCCCACGCUGAGCACACGCCACACCAGCGUCGUCCAGGCCGUCACCUUCAUCUUCCACACGCUGGGCAUCAAGUGUGUGCCGUAUUUGGCACAGGUGCUGCCCAAUCUGCUGGACAAUGUGCGCACCGCGGACAACAAUCUGCGCGAGUUCCUCUUCCAGCAACUGGCGAUUCUGGUUGCCUUUGUCAAGCUGCACAUCAUUAGCUACAUGGACGACAUCUUUAAGCUGAUCAAGGAAUUCUGGACAAUCAAUACGCCGCUGCACUCCACGCUGAUCAACCUAAUCGAACAGAUUGCCGUAGCGCUGGGCUGCGAGUUCCGUGACUACUUGGCGCAGCUCAUACCGCAAAUUUUGCGUGUGCUGCAGCAUGACAACUCCAAGGAUCGAAUGGUGACGCGGCGACUGCUGCAGGCGCUGCAGAAAUUCGGCAGCACGCUGGGCUACUACUUGCCGCUGAUUGUGCCGCCGAUUGUCAAGUUCUUUGACUCGCCGUAUGUGCCUCAGCAGGUGUCUCUGGUGGCGAUGGAAACGAUCAACAGUUUGGCCAGCCAGCUGGACUUCACGGACUUCUCCUCGCGCAUCAUACAUCCAUUGGUGCGUGUGCUGGACACAGAGCCGGAGCUGCGCGAUCAGGCAAUGACAACGCUGCGCUCCCUGGUCAAGCAGCUGGGCAAGAAGUAUCUGGUGUUUGUGCCUAUGGUGCAGCGCACCAUAACUAAGCAUCGCAUUGAAGAUACCGAAUACAACAAUCUGCUCAGCCGCAUUAAAUCCAAUAGCACCUUGGCGGACGCCUCGGGCAUCGGCUCUGGCAUCGGCGGCGACUUUGGCCAGCGACAGGCAAAGCCCAAAUACAAUGAGCCCUUUGUGCUGGACAGCAACAGCAGCAGCAAGAAUCUAAAGGUCUCGACGAAUGCGUUACGCACCGCUUGGCAGGUGACGCGUCGGGUCUCCAAAGACGACUGGAUGGAGUGGCUCAAGCGAUUGUCCAUAGGUCUGCUCAAGGAGUCGCCCUCGCAUGCAUUGCGCGCCUGCUGUGUGCUGGCCCAGGAUUAUGAUACACUGCUGCGGGAUUUGUUUAAUGCGGCUUUCAUAUCCUGCUGGACAGAGCUGUCGCCCGAGCAUCGGUACGAGCUAACCCAGUCGCUCAUACAGGCGCUGCAGGUCACGGACAUGCCGGAGAUUACACAGACCAUACUCAACCUGGCAGAGUUUAUGGAGCACUGUGAUCGUGCUCCCAUUCCCAUAGAGACACAAUUGCUGGGUACCCAUGCCAUGGCCUGUCGGGCGUACGCAAAGGCCUUGCGCUACAAGGAGGAGGAGUUUGUGCCGCGUCAGGAGCCGCAUGUGUUCGAGUCGCUGAUCCAUAUCAACAACAAGCUGCAGCAGCGCGAAGCAGCCGAAGGCCUCCUGACCACCUAUCGCAACUCGGGCAACGAGGCCAGCGUUCAUGGUCGCUGGUAUGAGAAGCUGCACAACUGGGAGCAGGCAUUACAUCAUUACCAGCUCAAUCUGCGAGCGGAUACCAACGAUCUGGAGGCACGUCUUGGUCACAUGCGCUGCCUGGAGGCCCUGGGCGACUGGUCACAGUUGAGCAAUCGCUGUAAAGAGGAAUGGCCCAACUUCAGUGCGGAGGCCAAGGCACGUGCGAGUCCCUUGGCCGCUGUUGCCGCCUGGGGCCUGAAGGAUUGGGAGGGCAUGCAGGAAUAUGUGCGCUGCAUACCCGUGGACACUCAAGACGGUAGCUUCUAUCGUGCUGUGCUUGCGGUGCAUCACGAUGACUUCGAGACGGCACAGCGUCUGAUUGAUGAGACGCGCGAUCUGCUGGACACCGAACUAACCUCCAUGGCUGGGGAGUCCUAUGAGCGGGCCUACGGUGCAAUGGUCUGUGUGCAAAUGCUGGCCGAGCUGGAGGAGGUGAUACAAUACAAACUGAUACCCGAACGACGGGAACCGCUAAAGGCCAUGUGGUGGAAGCGUCUGCAGGGCGGACAGCGUUUGGUUGAGGACUGGCGUCGCAUCAUCCAGGUUCACUCUCUGGUUGUGAAGCCCCACGAGGAUAUACACACCUGGCUCAAGUAUGCCAGCCUGUGUCGCAAGAGCGGCUCCUUGAAUUUGUCGCACAAGACGCUAGUGAUGCUGCUGGGCACUGAUCCGGCACUCUCGCCCAAUGACCCACUGCCGUGCAAUCAGCCGCAGGUUACCUAUGCCUAUACCAAAUAUCUGGCUGCCUCCUCCAAAGAGUUGGCGUACAAGAAGCUGCUCGAUUUUGUCAACACGUACAGCGCCCAGUUGAACUGUGUGCCGCCGGAGGCACAGAAGCCGCAGGACCAGCGUCUAAUGGCGCGCUGCUAUCUGCGCCUCGCCACCUGGCAGAACAAACUGCACGAGAACCGACCCAAUCAAGAGGCAGUGCAAGGUGCUUUGGAGUGCUUCGAGAAGGCGACAGACUACGAUCCCAAUUGGUACAAGGCCUGGCAUCUGUGGGCCUACAUGAACUUCAAGGUGGUGCAGUCCCAGAAGCAGGCGCUGGAAAAUCCACGCCAGCAAUCGCCGGCGACCAUGGGCCUGGGCCUGGACAGCGAAAGUCUGAUCAUUCAGCAGUAUGCGGUGCCGGCGGUGCAUGGAUUCUUCCGCUCCAUCAGCCUCAUCCGCGGGAAUUCGCUGCAGGACACGCUGCGUCUGCUGACGCUGUGGUUUGAUUAUGGCAAUCAUGCCGAGGUCUAUGAAGCUCUCUUCUCCGGCAUGAAACAGAUUGAAAUCAAUACCUGGCUGCAAGUGAUUCCACAGCUAAUUGCACGCAUCGACACGCAUCGCAAGCUGGUGGGUCAGCUUAUCCAUCAGCUGCUCAUGGACAUUGGCAAGAAUCACCCGCAGGCGCUUGUCUAUCCCCUGACCGUGGCCUCCAAGUCCGCUUCGCUGGCGCGCAAGACGGCCGCCUUCAAGAUCCUCGACUCGAUGCGGAAGCAUUCGCCGACGCUCGUCGAGCAGGCGGUCAUGUGCAGCGAGGAGCUUAUACGGGUGGCCAUCCUCUGGCACGAGCAGUGGCACGAAGGAUUGGAGGAAGCCAGUCGCCUCUACUUUGGGGACCGCAAUGUGAAGGGCAUGUUUGAGAUUCUGGAGCCAUUGCAUGCGAUGCUGGAUCGCGGACCACAGACACUCAAGGAGACCUCCUUCUCGCAGGCCUAUGGCCGUGAGCUGACCGAGGCGUAUGAGUGGACACAACGCUAUAAGACCUCGGCCGUACUCAUGGACUUGGAUCGUGCCUGGGAUAUCUAUUAUCAUGUGUUCCAGAAGAUUUCACGUCAGCUGCCGCAGCUGACAUCGCUCGAACUGCCUUAUGUGUCGCCCAAGCUGAUGACCUGCAAGAACCUGGAGCUGGCUGUGCCUGGGUCCUAUAAUCCCGGCCAGGAGCUGAUACGCAUCAAUCACAUCAAGACCAAUCUGCAGGUGAUCACGUCCAAGCAGCGGCCGCGCAAACUCUGCAUACGUGGGUCCAACGGCAAGGACUACAUGUAUUUGCUGAAGGGUCACGAGGAUCUGAGGCAGGACGAGCGUGUAAUGCAGCUCUUUUCGCUGGUCAAUACGCUGCUACUCGACGAUCCCGACACGUUCCGUCGUAACCUGGCCAUCCAGCGCUACGCCGUCAUCCCGCUAAGCACAAACUCUGGAUUGAUCGGCUGGGUGCCGCACUGUGAUACGCUACAUACGCUGAUCCGCGACUAUCGCGACAAGAAGAAGGUUCCGCUCAACCAGGAGCAUCGCACUAUGCUGAACUACGCGCCCGAUUACGAUCAUCUGACGCUGAUGCAAAAGGUCGAGGUGUUCGAGUAUGCCCUGAGUCAGACCCAGGGCGAUGAUCUCGCCAAGCUGCUGUGGCUGAAGUCGCCGUCGUCGGAGCUGUGGUUCGAGCGGCGCAACAAUUACACACGCUCAUUAGCCGUCAUGUCCAUGGUGGGCUAUAUACUCGGUCUGGGUGAUCGUCAUCCCUCCAAUUUGAUGUUGGAUCGCAUGAGUGGUAAAAUAUUGCAUAUAGAUUUUGGUGAUUGUUUCGAGGUGGCCAUGACCCGUGAGAAGUUCCCCGAGAAGAUACCCUUCCGACUGACACGGAUGCUCAUAAAGGCGAUGGAAGUGACGGGCAUUGAGGGCACCUAUCGACGCACCUGCGAGAGUGUCAUGCUGGUGCUGCGUCGCAACAAAGACUCGCUGAUGGCUGUGCUGGAAGCGUUCGUCUACGAUCCGCUGCUCAACUGGCGUCUGCUCGAUGUGGACAAGAAGGGCAACGACACAACAACCGCCGGCGGUGCCAGCGGCGGUAGUGCCAGUAACUCCAUAGAGCAGGAGUCGCUGCUGCAGGGCAACCCAGUGGCCAAAUCCAAGACGUACGAGGCACAGCAACUCCACGGUGGAUACACUAACGUGGCCGAUGUGACCAACAGCAAGGCCAGCAUGGUCAUACAGCGGGUCCAUCGCAAGCUGACCGGCACAGAUUUCCAAAUGUCCGAAAUGACCGAGCAGCAACAGGUGGAGCUGCUCAUACAGCAGGCGACGAACAAUGAGAACCUCUGUCAGUGCUAUAUUGGCUGGUGUCCCUUCUGGUAAUUGACCAUGUGUCCUAUCCAAUCAAUCUCCAGGCCAUGCACCCAUCUGAGACUGAGCGAAUAAAACAAAUAUAUGCAGUUACGAUAAUACGAACACAAACACACAAUUGAACAUAAAACUAUGUAUAUGUAUAAUUUAUAUUAGAAAUACGCUUCAUUAAAACUUUAUUGUAAAUUCCAGUUGCAAUUAAAUUCCAAAUUCUGUUAAGCACGAGCCAAGCUGUGGCACCUAAUCAACAUUUGGGGUAGUCGCAGCUCGUACCGUAACAAGAAGAAAUAAGAAAGAAAAAAAAAAAAAAAAAACAAGCC